CACACAUCCAUCGCCCAGGCCAUCGGCCGAAAAUAUCGGGGGCCGGAGGUACUGCAGGCAGCUGCGGCUAGCCUAGGCUAGCACAAGUUGCUGCCCGUGCCCGGUUGCUCGUGCAAGUGAGGAGGCGGACGGGACGGUGACAUCGACAUACAUCCCCCCGGCCCCCGCCGUCGGCGACCUGCCUGCCACCCUUGCUGGCCUCGUCGUGCCUAUAAGAUAGCCGCCAUGCGCUAGCUGCGGCAGGCAACCACGAGAGAGAGAGAGAGAGAGAGAGGCACAUCCACUCAACACAAGCAGCCACUGAGCAUCCAAGGGUUGCAAUGGCCGGCUGCGGAGAGAAGAGCGAGGCCGGCGUUGGCCUGUACGCCGUGCUCGGCGUUGCGAGCGACUGCUCCGACGCGGAGCUGCGCAGCGCCUACAGGAAGCUGGCCAUGAAAUGGCAUCCGGACAAGUGCGGCAGCGGCAGCUCCGGCGGCUCGGAGGCCGCCAAGGCCAGGUUCCAGAAGAUCCAGGCAGCAUACGCUGUUCUGUCGGACCCCAACAAGCGUAUCCUCUACGACGUUGGAGCCUACGACAGCGAUGGCGAUGACGAGGGUGCAGGAGAAAUACUGGGAGACAUCCUGAAGGCCAUGAACCACACACCUCCACACGAAGACGGCCAGAGCGAGAGCCUGGAGGACCUGCACAAGCAGUUCGAGGAGCUGUUCCUCAAACCGGACGCCUACGCCUACGCGCGCUCCUCCAAGUCCUCAUCGUCGUCGUCGUCCAAGAUAAGUGCCGGCAAGAAGUAGCUCCCAAGAUGAAUGAUCUUCGCGCGUGGAGAUCGCCGUGUUGUUUCUAAAAGAAAUGAUCUUCGUACGUGGAGCUGCAGCUGGCUAAUUUCAUCCACGACAGAUGACUCUGAAGCAGAGCAUCUCCGCGGAGGCGAAGAGAGGCAAUCACCCAGAGUAAUGUUGAAUCUUCAGCAUAGCCUAGUCACAAAGAAGAAUUUAUUUAAGGUAGCAUGCGGAUGACGCCUCCCGCCAUCGCGUGGACUUUUCCACCUUGUGAUUUGUACCGGAGUACUACUUCGCAUGAAUUGAAUAACAUUUCUGUCAUCUUUUCUUAAAAA